AUGUCUGCCCUUCGCAGUAGUCGGGCUGCCAGAGUGCAGGUCCGCGGUUUUGCGACUACACCGAAUCUUCGAGUCGGCCCUGAGUCUCCUCAUUUCGUGGAUGUUCCCAAAGUCCUCCAGCCGACCAAUCGGGCGAAACCUAGAGUCAAGGGUACCCUCCCCGUUCCGCGUGAGCUCUUCCCGAACCGCCGAACAGACAAGCCGGGCAAGGACUACCUUGACUCCGCAACACCUCUCCCUUCUACCGAACGCAAAGUCAACCCUAAAAGCGGUGAUCCCGAGAAGCAGGCUUUCAAGCUAAAGAUGGCGGAGUUGCGGAGACAAAACUUCCGACAAGGUCUCACUGAGCUAUACCGGCGCAAGACAAUGGCAGAUGAAGUCAUGACCAACCGAAGUGUCAAAAGACAGGCCCAACGAGAGCGUAUCCUCAGACAACCAGAGCCAGAGGAUGAGCGCCUGACACGAUCAUCUGUUGUACAGGCGAUGCAGUCUCAGAAACAUGCCUUGGCUGACCCCAAUCGGGAAGAGCGUUUGGCCCUUUCUAAAAUGCGCGUGGAGGCGAACAAGGCGCAGAAAACCGCAGAGCGAAAGGAGGAUUUGCAUUCCCUUUACAUGGGUGCCCGAAACUUCAUCAUUAAUGAAGAGCAACUUAAUGCUGAGAUCGAACGUGCAUUCCCCGAUGGCGAGAACGAGGCCUGGCGCAACGACCACCAACAGGGUGAGAACAUUUGGAACUUGGGCAUUCCUCCAACUGUGCAGCAUAUCGUCAACGAGUCUCGAAAGAGCGAGACUCACCGUUGGGACGUUAGCCAGGGCCGAAUUAAAAAGCUUGGCGAACAGCUCACUGGUGGAAAGCUGUGA